UUCGUCGAUCGCGGGCAGGCUAGCUUCUUUCAUUCUGAUGUAGUGUCGUCAGAUUAUAGUUACUUUAUUUGGUGAUUCGGAAGUGCGGUUGAAAAAGUAUAGUCCUCACAAAAAUAUUGGCAAUGGGAGUAAGCUCUCGAAGGAUUUGUGUCGUAUUUGCCACAAUGUUGCUCAUUCAGCUAACCUGGGCCGAUAUUUGGGACAAAUGGGGAGUCACGUGUGACCGUGAGCCACAAACGAUUCAAAUCUGUGAUGGAAAGAAAGACGUCACAAUUCAAACAUGUCGAGGACCAUGCCGGUCCAUGAGUAGAAUUAUCAUGCGUCUCCCCUGGUACAGACCGAGGUGUGAAUGUUGCAAGAGUACGGGGUACACAGAAGAGUUGGUACACUGUCCUCAUGGGAAACAAGAGAAAAUUCGCCACGUUAAGAAUUGCUCUUGCCAACAGUGCUACACGGUGAGAUGAAAAGCAUGGACAGUACUAAAGAAAAAAACAGGAUUGUAAUUAGACAAAUAGGGAAGUUGAUGCAUUAUAAAGAUUCGCAGAGGUGCACGUUUUAAUGUAGUGGAUCCAAAUAUGGGUUUUGUAGAAGUUACUUACAAAACUGAAUAAAUUCGAAUGUUUCCUGCUUCAUAUUGUCUCCUCUCUCUCCCAUCUUACGGUUUUCCACUACUUGUCGGAAGUCACAAUUAUUGCUAUGACAGGAUCGCAUUCAGCUUCUCAAUUUGCUAGUUUUAUUGCGAAAUCGCAAGCAAAGGGGUGUGUGUGGGGGAGGGGGGUGCGUAGGUUGGUCGAUAAUUAAUUGUUAAAUACCUGGAUCCGCCCCUGAAUCAUCGCGGU